AACUCGAAACAGGUCAUGUACUUUUAAAACAUGAAGAUACAAACAUUGAGAUAGAUUAACCCGACAACACACAAAACACGUGCGAUAUAUUUAGAGUCAUGUCAAUUAUUAUUACAGUUAUAUAACGUUAGUGUGAUUUUAGUAGAGGUCAAUGUGUUUUAGCAGAACAAAUAAAGCGUAAUGAUGAGUGUGUGUGGAGCUGUUCGCUGUCGGCUGAUGCAGACCCGCAGUGCUGUGAGGAAAAUCCUCCAGCAGAACCGAGCCUUCUGCAAUGGAUCUUCAGGAGGAAUCAGAGAAAAACUGCAGGCUUUUCCAGGAGGAUCUGUGGAGCUCCAGAAGCAGCAGGAGUCCGGCAUCGCGGUGCUGACCGUCAGCAACCCGGCGCGCAUGAACGCCUUCUCGGGCUGUAUGAUGCUUGAACUGGAGCAGCGGGUGAAUGAACUGGAGAUCUGGACAGAAGGAAAGGCCGUAAUUGUACAGGGAGCUGCUGGAAACUUCUGCUCCGGAUCGGAUCUCAAUGCAGUCCGAGCGAUUGCAAACCCACAUGAUGGCAUGAAGAUGUGUGAGUUCAUGCAGAACACUCUCACAAGACUCCUCAGGCUGCCGCUCAUCUCUGUAGCUCUGGUGGAGGGAAGAGCUCUGGGUGGAGGAGCAGAACUCACCACCGCCUGUGACUUCAGGUUGAUGACGUCUGAUGCAGUGAUCCAGUUCGUCCAUAAGCACAUGGGUUUGGUUCCGGGAUGGGGAGGAGCUGCGAGACUGGUGGGCAUUAUCGGCAGCAGGAACGCCCUGAAACUGCUGAGCGGAGCCAGUAAGGUGGAUCCGGACUGUGGAAAGCAGAUGGGUCUGGUGGAUGAGGUGCUCCAGUGUCGCUCUGAUGAAGGGAAAGCUCUGGCCCAUGCAGAGCAGUGGAUCGCUCCCUUCAUUAAAGGCCCUGCUCCGGUCAUACAGGCCAUCAAGAAGGUCGUAGUUUCGGGACGAGAACUUCCUCUCGACGAAGCACUUAAAUGCGAGAGAUCUGUGUUUGGGACAGUAUGGGGUGGUCCGGCCAAUCUGGAGGCUCUGGCUUCAAAACCCAAACACAAGUGAUUGAAUCAUCAUCACUGUCUGACAUUAAAGAUCUUUAUGGUUU